GUUAAUGUUAUUAUUUUGUCUUUAUAUUCCUUUAUCUUCUUCACUAGAUGUCACUAGUAGAUUUGGGAAAGAAACUUUUAGAAGCUGCACGAGCAGGUCAAGAUGAUGAAGUUCGCAUUUUGAUGGCAAAUGGAGCACCUUUUACCACAGACUGGUUGGGAACAUCUCCACUUCAUCUAGCAGCACAAUAUGGACACUACUCCACCACAGAAGUGUUGCUGCGAGCAGGUGUGAGUCGGGAUGCCAGAACCAAAGUGGACAGAACUCCAUUACAUAUGGCAGCAUCAGAAGGCCAUGCCAGCAUAGUAGAAGUCUUACUUAAGCAUGGUGCUGAUGUCAAUGCGAAGGACAUGCUCAAAAUGACUGCACUUCACUGGGCUACUGAACAUCACCACCAAGAAGUUGUAGAACUCUUGAUAAAGUAUGGAGCAGAUGUUCAUGCUCAGAGUAAAUUUUGCAAAACGGCAUUAGAUAUUGCAGUAGACAAUGGAAAUGAAGACAUUGCAGAAAUAUUACAGAUUGCAAUGCAGAACCAAAUCAAUACGAAUCCCGAGAGUCCAGACACUGUGACGAUACACGCAGCCACGCCGCAGUUCAUCAUUGGACCUGGAGGGGUGGUGAACCUAACAGAUGAAACAGGAGUGUCUGCUGUACAGUUUGGAAAUUCAUCAACAUCAGUAUUAGCUACGUUGGCAGCUUUAGCAGAAGCGUCAGCUCCACUGUCUAAUUCUUCAGAAACACCAGUUGUGGCCACAGAAGAAGUUGUGACUGCAGAAUCCGUGGAUGGGGCCAUUCAGCAGGUGGUCAGUUCUGGAGGCCAGCAGGUCAUUACCAUAGUUACGGACGGCAUCCAGCUGGGCAACCUGCAUUCCAUUCCAACCAGUGGGAUAGGACAACCCAUCAUUGUGACCAUGCCAGAUGGGCAGCAAGUGUUAACAGUUCCAGCAACAGACAUUGCUGAAGAAACUGUAAUAAGUGAAGAACCGCCAGUGAAGAGACAAUGCAUUGAGAUUGUUGAAAAUCGUGUGGAGUCUGCAGAAAUAGAAGAAAGAGAAACUCUUCAGAAACAGCUGGAUGAGGCAAACAGAGAAGCACAAAAAUAUCGUCAGCAGCUUCUAAAGAAGGAACAAGAAGCAGAGGCCUAUCGGCAGAAGUUAGAGGCAAUGAACCGCCUCCAGACUAAUAAAGAAGCUGUUUAAUAAAAAAUGAACACACUUCAAAGCCUGUUACUUUCAAAAACCUGCAGUACAAUCUUGAACUGUACACUAUAUAGGUGCAGCCAUGGGAUUUCAUGAUAGAGAAGAUGCUACAAGUUGAUAACUGGACUUAAGCCGUGAGCUCUGAUUAAUUUCUUGUAACAUAAAAACUCUGAAUUUAGAAAUUGUGAAAAGUAUUUAAAAUGAAAUACUGUAAAUAGUUGGUUUUUUUACAGUUUCAAAAUGAGUUGAUAAAUCUUUUUGAAGGGAUCCAGAAACAUGAAAAGCCAAUGUUUUUGUGAAAUUUUUGAUUUUAGUAUGAAUCUAACUUCUGAAAAACAGAACAGUUUUAAGGGUGAUGUUGAUUUAACCUGACAAUUUGAAAUUUGAUUAUGUGACAAAAUUAAUUAACAGUUAUUUCUACAUGAUAACAACUCAACUUCUCUGAAUAAGACAUUUCCAGGUGGAAAUCUUUGUACAGCUUUAAGUAGUUGUCUCAGAUUCUCUUAAAACCAUUUUUUUUUUUAUUUUAGGUGGUAAAAUUUUUAUAUUUAAUUUCAGAUAUAUCCAAGUAGAUUUACAUGUAUAUGAAGCUAAUAUUUUUUAAACUUUUCAGUUUGUACAUAUGCUGCAUGUUUUUAUAAUUUCUACACAUACAUCUUGCAUAAGUAUUUUUCAGCAAAGAUGAGAAAAAUUAUGAGAAAAAUGUUUAGCCUAUAGGUCAUUUGAAGUAAGCUAGCAGCCAGUUUUAUUGUGGAUGGUAUAUUUCUUGGAAGAAUGUAAUUUGUAAUUAAGAAGAACAAAAAAGUAUCUUAAUUUACAUAUUAAGAGGCAAAAUUUGAUAGUGGAGGCGUUGGAACUUCACUUUGUGUGUCUUACAGUUUUCCUGUACAAACAUUUUAAAGUUCAGUAAUGAAUAGAAAAGAAUGUCGCCACUGGAACACAAAUAGUAGCUAUUUUAGAAUAUCCCUAUUGGUCUCUGUUCCCCAAUAACCUUGGAAUUACUUCAGUGAUGCAUUUUUUUAACGGACUUUUGCAUUUUAAUUACACAAUUGGACUAGUAUUUUUUUAUGUUGUAGUGAUGCUCUUCCUACCCAGCAUCAUCGUUCCUCACUGUGAUACUGUGUUUGUGUGUGUCUGUGCAGUGAUCUAUUAUGCUUAAAAUUUAUAUGGCACGUUACAUCUUCAGAGCAUUGUAAAAUCUUUUAGAGAGCCCUUACUGCACUGCCUGUGGCAGGUAAGUGAGUGUUACUGUCUCAGUUUUAGAACUGGUUUAAGUGCAACACGAGGGAGUGUGAAAUGACUGGCUUAACACCGUGUGAACCUGUGGUCUCCUGGGAAUGGAUCUCAGGAGUUCCUGGCAUCUAGUCCUGUGCUUAGACUGAGCUGCCUUAAGAUUGUUCAGUGCUGUGUUACAUUAAAUUUUGAACUACUGUGCAGAUUCGUUUUUUUGUAAGAUAAAACUCUUUGUGCUUUGCUUUGUUGUUCCAUGUUCACUGCUUUUAUGGAAUUGUUUAUAUAAAGUUAAGCAAAAGGUCUGGUUUAUCUAUACUGUACACGAAAGAAUUACCCUUAAAACUGUACUCUGGCCUACUUUUUCUAUUUUACAA